GACCGGCCGGGGCCGCAAUCUAGUAUGAGUUUAGGGAAUCAACUUCCCCAAUUUGAAAACCUCUUCUCUGCAACGAAACUCAUAUCGGAGCUCUGAAAGGCGAGGGAGAUCAUCCUCCGCCUGUUAACAAUUCUCUCUGCCAUGGACGCACGUCACGCAUCUCUUGGUCGACGAACUCUGGAAGAGAUUCGACAAAAGCGAGCGGCAGAGAGAUUGAGCCAAGCAUCGUCUGGAACAGAUCUCAGCAAGUCUCCCAUCCUUGCAGAUAAUGUUGGAAUAAAGAAAUCCGAGAGUGCCAAUCGACUCUCAGAGGCUGACGUUAGUGGUUUAGUAGCGCAGCUGCAAGAACUUCAGAAAAGGAAUUCGGAGUUAGAGGAGAACAACAGGGUAUUGUUUUUUAAGCUUCAAUCGGAGAAUACUGAGAAGGAGACAUUACAAAGUCGCCUAAAUGAUCUGGAACAGAGUACUGUUCCAUCUUUAAGGAAAGCUCUUAAGGAUGUAGCAAUGGAAAAAGAUGCAGCGGUUGUUGCAAAGGAGGACCUUUCAGCCCAGCUUCGUACUCUGAAGAAACGGUUAAAGGAUGCAGAAGAGGAACAAUACAGAGCUGAGGAAGAUGCUGCAGCGUUAAGAGCAGAGUUGAACUCAAUUCAGCAGCAGGCAAUGAGUAAUCAGCUCAACGGUAUAACUUCAAUGGGUAUUCCAACAGAUCAAUUACAAAGCUUGGAACAUGAGUUGGCUACUUUGAAGUCUGAUCUGCAGCGAGAGUCUUCCAUGAGGCAAGUAGAGCAACAGCGGUUGCUGGAGGAGAAAGUCAAGGUCUCUGCCCUUGAGUCUGAAAAGCAGCAGCUGGAAGACAAACUUCUUUCUCUGUCACAAAGGGCACCAGAACAAGUGUCAGAAGGAGCUGCUUAUAAUGUAUUUUCAAUGGAGGAUAAAGAGAGACUUGAGAAGCAGUUGCAUGAUAUGGCUGUUGCAGUUGAGAGAUUGGAAAGUAGUAGACAGAAGCUUCUGAAGGAGGUGUAGUCUCUGUUUACCUGAUUUCCUUUUAUUUAUAGGUGUCAGUUGCAAGGACACUUACCGCCCUUAAUGUUUUUCAUAUUUUUGCCAGAUUGAUUCGCAAUCUUCAGAGAUAGAGCAGCUCUUCGAAGACAAUUCUCACCUUUCACAUUCUCUUCAAGAGGCAAUGAACACUGCCAACCAAUGGGAGAGCCAGUUAAAGGAUUGUCUCAAGCAGAAUAAAGAACUUCGUGUAGUGCUUGAUAAUUUGAGAACAGAACAGGCAGCUGUACUGUCUUCAAGUUACAAGGACGGGCAGAGAGGCUCAAGAGAUGCAGAAAGAGAUGGCUUAAACUCACAGGGAUCUGCAACUGAAGUUCUCUCUCUCAAGGGGGAGCUCGUAAAAGAACAAAGCAGAGCAGAAGCUUUAUCGGCAGAGGUCAUGCAGCUAUCAGCAAAGCUCCAGCAGGCAACACAGGCAUACAUUGGUCUUGCCCACGCCUAUAGACCAGUGCUUCGGAACAUUGAAAGCAGCCUCAUCAAGAUGAAGCAGGAUGGCUCCGUGACAGCUCAAUGAGAAAGCAGAGAACGCUACGAUUCAUUCGUUGUAUAUUUCAAGAAUAGCUGACCAACACUGCAGGCUUUUAUACCUACUAGCGCUGAUGAAAUGCUCGGACUUUAGGGCGAACGGCCCAGCUGGAAGAGUAGAAAGGCCAUUGCCCUCAUGUUUACUUUCUGCGUUUGGGUUGAGGGAAGUGAUGUGGGGAUACCAGAUAUCAUUUUCAGUUACCUGGUGUACAAUGGUUCUAUUUUCUUCUCACAAUUAAUAGAAAUUUACGUUUUUUCGAACAUUUUGCAUUUGGAGCAAUUGAAAGGCAAUUGAGAUACUUAUUAGGUAGAGAACUCGCCAACCUUGCGACUGGAAAGAAGAAAUAAAGUAAUCAGAUGGAAUGGCUAUUACCAUAUCUUAUAAGGGUGUAUUAUUUUCUCAAAACUGUAAGGUGUACGCGCUGAUAUACACGUUGCCCCGAAAAGACAGAAAACUUUCGGCAUCUGUUUUGUCAAGAAUGUAAGCAGAAGCAACUCAAGAGAAACAGAGUAAAGAAUGAUCUUGAUUCUCACCAAUAAUCCCCACAAGAACACACCCCAUCACGGAAAUGGUGAAAGCGAUUCACGUCUCUCACCAGAAUCUCUUUACGUGCAAACUUCGAUAUGAACUUGGUAAAGGAGUGACAAUCUUCACACAGCCGCAGGUUCUUGGUGAUCCGAAUUGGCUCUGCGUUGCUGGUGUUGAUGAGUCCAAAUGCUAGCGCUAAUUUUUCGCUGUGGCCAAGCACGAUCCUCUCUUUCUCCUCUUCCCCAAGGUCAUAUAGCACCACUUUGAUCUGCGGCACAUAUCCUUUCUCCUUCAUCUCCGACGAUAAUUCACACAGCAGAGCAUGUAGCUGCUCGAUUUGAGGAUUAAACUCAUCAGUCGAGACAAAGGAAUGUAUUUGCCUCUUUACUUCUAUCCAGCUGCGACCGGGGACUUUCUGUAGUCCUCUGGAUUCAAGGAGCUUUUUAACUCUUUUUACUUCGUCCCACUUACCAGCUUCUGCAUAAGUGUCAGCCAGCAGCACGUAGUUCCCAGCAUUUGCAGGCUCGAGUUGAAAAAGCUUUGUGCUCGCCCUCUCUGCAAACUCAACGUUACAAUGAAUCCUAGACGAUCCAAGGAGAGAUCCCCAGACCUUAGGCCCUGGUUCUAUCCGCAUAUCAUCGAUGAAUUUAGCUGCUUCCUCUAACUUAUUGGCCCGCCCUAGAAGAUCCACCAUGGAAGCAUAAUGUUCCACACUAGGAAUUAUCCCAUACUCUUUUCUCAUCGCCUGAAACAAUGCUCUUCCUUCAUCCACAAGACCUGCAUGGCUACAAGCUCCCAGAAGACUGACAAACGACACAGGACUUGGUGAUAUACCGCAACUGAUCAUGUCUUUGAAAAUAUCUAUUGCUUUCUUCCCAUGCCCAUGAGCUCCAAACCCUGAAAUCAGAGAAUUCCAAGAGACGACAUCUCGUUUAUCCAUGCCGUCAAAAACUUGUUGUGCCACUUCGAGUUUGCCGCACCUUGCGUACAUUGUGACCAGUGCGCUGAUUACUGGCAAGAUGGUAUCAAGACCAUUCCUCAGAAUGUAUCCAUGUAUUAACUUUCCUUGCUCCAGGGCUGCAAGAGCAGCACAAGCUUGAAGGACGCUGACCAUUGUCACAGAAUUGGGACCUACAUCCUCUUCUGUUUUGAGCAUCAUUUCCCUGAAGAGCUUCAAUGCCUCGAAAGCCUUCCCAUUCUUCGCAUAACAAGCAAUCAUGGCACUCCAAGAAACCACAUUUUUGACCGCCAUCUGGUUGAAAACAGCACUAGCAUAAGCCACGCAUCCAAACUUGGCAUACAUAUCAACCAAUGUAGUCAUAAUAUGUACAAAUCCCCCAUACCCAUGUCGCAGAAUAUGAGCAUGAAUCUCCUUUCCCUUCCACAGCAACGAUACUAAACACUCGGAAGCAACACAAGCCUUGAGGGCGUAUGUAUACGUGAACCUAUCAGAAGGCAUCCCAAGAGAACUCAUCGUGCGGUACAAGUUCAAGACCUCUUCCCCAUGGCCCGCCAACGAAAGCGCUCGAAACAACGCGUUGUAAACAUAAAUAGUUCGCUUCCGAGUUUUGUCAAACACCUUGCGUGCAUCAUCAAUCAGGUCCAGAGACGAAUACAUAUUGAUAAGUUUCGUUGCCAAGAAGGGAUCUUGAUCAAACCCAUUCUCAUGGAGGUGGCGGUGAACCCACUGUGCAUCGACGAGCGAACUUUGGUGGAUGCAAGAGAGAAUUAGGUGCUCGUAGGUCCGUUGAGUCGGGUUGGACUCUUCGCUCAUCAGCUUCACGGCCCGCUUCAGGUUGCCUUGUUUGCAUAGAGACUGUAUAAGCUGGUUAUUGUCAGCUGUGGUCGAGGUCGAAGGAUUCAAGGAUACGAAACAAACGGGCGGCUUCCGGGAGGAACGUGGGAUGAAGGCUGAUGAAGGAGACGGCUGAGCAUUGGGUUGAGGAGAACUAAGAGCCCACAUUUGGAUAUGGCGUCUGAUUUUGAGAACCAAGCCAAGCCGCCAACAAAGGGUUGAAACAACUCUCCCCUGCGGUGGUUGAGACUUGUCAGUCCUUUCUAAUCGGACCAACUGUUGGAGUAGAUGAGAGAUGGAAUCAAUGGAGCCGAUGCAGAUGAAGUCGGAAGUCACAGGCGG